AUGGGAAUCUAUGUUGGGCAAGGACAUUUUGUCAUCAGAAUCAUGCUAGUGGUUGUGUUGCUGCUUGUACUGUUAUGUCAUUCUGUAUGCAAGACACAUUCUAUUAACUGCAGCAUAUAUGAUGAUCCUCUCCCUAUUCCUCAUGAAUUUUACCAGCCAGGAGACCUUAUCAUUGGUGGGAUUGUUUCUCAAGUUAUCUUUCUCUAUGAUGACCUCCUUUUCACUGAACAGCCUGCACAAAUCUUGAUCAAUGAACCUAUCUGCAACGCUUUUUAUAGCUCAGUGCCAAAGAACUACCAGCAGAUCCUGGCAUUAGCAUUUGCUGUCAAAGAGAUCAAUGAGAAUCCCAAAAUCUUGCCAAAUAUCUCUCUGGGAUUCCACAUCCUCAAUAGCUACUACACUGCAAGGAUGACCUAUAAGGCCACCCUCAAUCUGUUUUCUGCACAACAUAGAUUUGUCCCCAAUUUCAAAGGUCACAACAACAAGAAUCUAAUAGCUCUCAUUGGAGGAAGUAUAUCUGAAAUCUCUGCUAAUGUGGCCAUUGUUUCAGCAAUUCAAAAGACACCACAGCUCACUUAUGGAUCAUUUUUACCACCACAAGGAUCCAAAAUGCAAUUCCCAUUUUUGUACCAGAUGGUCCCAAAUGAAGUCCACCAGCAAAUGGGAGUCGUGAAGUUACUUCAGCAUUUCAAAUGGACAUGGAUUGGGCUCUUGGCUGUGGAUGAUGACAGAGGGGAUAGGUUUUUGCAGACAGUUGUACCAAUGCUUUCCCAAAAUGGCAUUUGUUAUGACUUCAUAGUAAGACUACCAAAAUGGAAUUAUGUGGAUGAGUUGAUAGAGUUGCUUAUACAGCAGUGGCAAAGCUAUGCAAUGGUCAUUCAAAGAAAAGCCAAUGUGUUUUUUGUAUAUGGAGAACCUCCAUCCUUUCAGGUUGUGAGAACGUUGUUGUUUCUAGCACCCUUCUUGGCAUGGCCACCUCUGGGGAAAGUGUGGGUUAUUACAUCCCACUGGGAUUUUGCAUCACUCUCUGUUCAGAAGAUAUGGGAUAUUCAAACCUUCCAUGGUUCCAUAUCAUUGACGGUUCAUUCAAAUCAACCAUUAGGAUUCCAAAGGUUCAUUCAGAUGAUAAGACCUGCCUGGGCCAAAGGAGAUGGUUUCAUCCAGGACUUCUGGGAACAGACAUUCAGCUGUUCAUUAAAAAUGUCUAAGGGGCUGGAUGAAAAGAAGAACAAAACCUGCACUGGGGAGGAAAAGCUGGACAGCAUUUCAGGGGUUUUGUUUGAAAUGAAGAUGACUGGCCACAGCUACAAUGUCUACAAUGCUGUCUAUGCUGUGGCACAUGCUUUACAUGCAAUAUACAAAUAUAGCUCCAAAAACAUAAGAAUGAUAAAAGGAGACAGACUGGCAGUGCAAGAUGUACAACCAUGGCUGGUCCAUCACUUUCUAAGGAGCAUCAUAUUCAAUAACAGUGCUGGAGAUUCUGUGUGUUUUGAUGAAAAUGGAGAGCUCGUUGUAGGUUUUGAUGUUACAAACUGGGUGGUGUUCCCCAAUGGCUCAAUAACCAGAGUGAAAGUUGGAAGACUAGAACCUCAGGCUCCUCCAGACAAAAUGUUAACAAUUAAUGACGACCAAAUUGUUUGGCAUCAAAGCUUUAACCAGGUGCUGCCGCUUUCAGUGUGCAAUGACUACUGCUAUCCUGGAUACAGCAGGAAAAAGAAGGAGGGGCAGAAAUUUUGCUGCUAUGAUUGUGCUUUAUGUCCAGAAGGGAUGGUCUCAGGCCAGAAGGAUAUGGACGCCUGUGUCAAUUGCCCAGAAGAUCAGUAUCACAACAAGGACCAAACUCAAUGCAUUCCCAAAGUUCUAAGCUACCUGUCUUACAAAGAUGAAUUGGGGAUUGUCUUGGCUAUCUUAAACAUUUCUUUCUCUUUCAUCACAAUAACAAUACUUCAAACUUUUAUGAAACACAAGGACACUCCCAUAGUCAGAGCCAACAACUGGACUCUCACUUACACCCUCCUCAUCUCCCUACUCCUCUGUUUCCUUUGCUCUUUGCUCUUCAUUGGCAAGCCUGGAAAGGUGGCCUGUUUUCUCCGACAAAUCAUUUUUGGCAUGGUGUUCACUGUGGCCCUUUCUACCAUUUUGGCAAAGACUAUCACUGUGGUUCUGGCAUUCAUGGCAACCAAACCAGGAUCUAAAACAAGAAAAUGGGUGGGGAAAGGACUGACAAAUUCGAUUGUUCUUUCCUGCACCUUUAUUCAAACUAAUAUAUGUACUAUUUGGUUAAGUAUUUACCCUCCAUUCCCAGAUGUGGACAUGCACUCAUUGAAGUGGGAAAUCAUAUUGGAAUGUAAUGAGGGUUCGGCUACCAUGUUUUACUGUGUCCUUAGUUAUCUUGGCUUCCUGGCCAUUGUCACCUUCAUUGUGGCUUUCCUAGCCAGGAAAUUGCCUGACAGUUUCAAUGAGGCCAAAUUUAUAACUUUCAGCAUGUUGGUGUUUUGUAGUGUGUGGUUAUCAUUUGUACCAACCUACCUAAGCACCAAAGGAAAAUACAUGGUGGCUGUGGAGAUCUUCUCCAUCCUGUCCUCUAGUGCUGGAUUACUGGCUUGCAUCUUUUUCCCUAAAUGCUACAUAAUUGUCUUGAGGCCUGAGCUAAAUAGUAGAGAACGUAUAAUGCAAAGAAAAGUAUGA